AUGAGGCUUGCUGCCUUGAUCAGGAAGAGGGCAAACGAUCUUCUUGCUUCUCUGCGAAGACUUAGGACGGAGAUACACAGCCCAGACGUUUUUGGGCUGGUCCUGGGUGAUAUCCAGAAGAGCUAUCUCCGGCUUGCAGUGCUGCUUAACAAACCGGGGAUCCAGCAUCAGGAGCCUGUGGAGGUCGACUCUGUGAAUGGGAUUGUAAGAUACAAGGCUGGGGAGCUUGAGUUUUUGUACCACGCAGACCAUGGAGUUGUGUCUGUGGAUGCAGGAGACAUAGGUGUCAGCAGCCACAUUCUCUGCUCCGUAAGAAGUGAACCUGUCGUCAAGCAUCUGGAGACCAUUGGGAAUAUGCUGGCGAUGUAUGUGGGAUAUGAAAGAGCGCCCUGUGAUGUCUGUGGGAGUUAUGCAACAGUCCCGGGGCUUUUAACGCCAACAGGAAGAUCUAUUGAGGACGACUUCGUGCUUGUACAUCAUGCGGAGUGCAGAAUGGAGUCACUGGAAUGA